GGUCUCCGGACGGGCCGAGGAAGUGACCGCGGGACGGACGCCGCGGUGCGCUGCCGCCAGCCCCGGACCAUGACGGCCUCCGGUAGGUGCCGCGGCCGCUCCGUGGGGACCGGGGGGAAGCGGCGGGGGUCCGUCGAGGACGGUGGGGGAAGCGCCAGGUGCCGCUGCGCGUAGCGGUAGCGGAGCGCGGAGCUGCCCCUGCCGCAGCCCGCCCCGCAGGUAGAAGGGGAAGAGGAAAGGAGAGUGCCUCCCGGAGCCCUGGGUCGCACAGGCGGCGCUGCGCUCGCUCGGAGGCAGCUAACAGAAGGUGACGGUCGCCGCGAUUUCUACCCCGUCUUGCUCUGCUUGUCUUGUGGUCGCCGGCGGAGUUGUGCUACUGAGGGAGAGUGUUCAGCCGAAUAACCUGGCCCUGCCACGCACCGGUCGCCUCGGUGGUAUCCUGCGAUGUUUUGUAGAGAAGGCAGCUCUUCCUCAAUGUUGCUUUAUUCCCCACCAUUUGCACGCUCCCUCUUUGGGGUACGGUUUGGUGCCUUUUGCCACAGUGACUCCGGUCACAAGGUGUGCUGGGUUGCCGUCUGUCUUAGCCGACAUGUGCGGAUAAAACCGAUUAAAGUACACCAGCAAACUCCAGAGGGAGAUGGGGUUAACCCAAAUUGUGUAAGUUCACAAGUGCCCACUCUGCAAGUUCCCCCUUUGUGGGGAAGUGUAUGCGUCCUCUCUAAAAAAGGGAAAAUGUGCCGUUCUCAGAGUGAAGUAACGGCAGCAUUUCACUGACGCGUAUCUCCUUGUGAUGUAAAAUCAGCUACACGGGGACCUCUGGAGACCUGUGGGCAAAACUGCUUUUGUCCUUAAAGAGAGAUGGUUUCACAAAGACUCCUAAAAGUAGAACGACUGUAAAUUCACCUAUCAUAAUGCAAAUUUCUUGUAAAGAAAACUCCAGUGAUAGGAAAAAAAUUGUAUCUAGUUUGGUUCUGUUUCCUCUUGCUUGUUUGAAUCAUGCUGAAGUGGAAGAUUUCUAUUCUGGUCAAAGUGAGAGGUGUCGGUAGCCUGUUAAUAAUUAUUGCAUGUGACCACUGUUGCUUUGUCAUGCAUUCCAGCUAGGCAAAGAACACAUUCCUCAUACAUGACUUAAAUACACGCACUGUAGGCACCAGUAUAUGAAAGUUACUUCUUUCAGUGGCCCACCAGCAGCUUCUAACAUCCCUUGGAAGGAACCCAUGGGGGAUAUGAUGUGCUGAUUCUGUAUGCAAGUGACGCUGCUGAGUGGUGUCAGUACCUUCAGAACCUCUUCCUCUCUACUCGGCACAUCCGAAAGCAUCACAUUCAGAGCUACCAGCUGGAGGGCGAGUCUGCCAUCUCUGACCAAGAGCUGGACCUUUUCAACAGAAGUCGGAGCAUCAUCAUUUUGCUAUCUGCUGAGCUGGUGCAGAACUUUUAUUGCCCUCCUGUCCUGCAAAGUCUUCAGGAAGCUUUAUGGCCCCCACACAAAGUAGUCAAGCUGUUCUGCGGUGUUACAGAUUGUGAUGACUAUUUGACCUUUUUCAAGGACUGGUAUCAGUGGCAAGAACUCACGUAUGAUGAUGAGCCUGAUGCUUACCUAGAAGCUGUCAAGAAGGCUAUUUCAGAAGACUCAGGCUGCGAUUCUGUAACUGAUACAGAAACAGAAGACGAGAAAACCUCAGUUUACUCCUGUCAACUUGCCAUGAAUGAAGAGCAUGAAUCAUCCAAGAGCACUGGGGAGCAUCUGGUGGUGCAGCCUGAUCACAUACGCUGUGGGGUACAGACCACUGUUUAUAUUAUCAUGAAAUGUAGACUGGAUGACAAAGUGAAAACUGAAGUUGAAUUCUCUCCAGAGAACUCAUCAUCUGUGCGUGUGCUGGCUGAGUUGGAGAAUGAAUACACAAUAUCUGUGGAGGCUCCAAAUUUAACUUCUGGAACAGUGCCUCUGCAGAUAUAUUCAGGGGACUUGAUGGUGGGAGAAACGAGUGUCACCUAUCAUACUGACAUGGAGGAAAUCAGCAGUCUGUUGGCUAAUGCAGCCAACCCAGUACAGUUCAUGUGCCAGGCCUUUAAAAUUGUGCCAUACAGCAUAGAAGCACUGGACAAACUGUUGACUGAGUCACUGAAGAAGAACAUUCCUGCCAGUGGCUUACACUUGUUUGGAAUCAACCAGCUGGAAGAAGAUGAUAUGACAACAAAUCAGAGGGAUGAGGAGUUGCCAACGCUGCUUCACUUUUCUGCAAGAUAUGGGCUGAAAAACCUAACUGCUUUGCUGCUGACAUGCCCUGGAGCACUGCAAGCCUACAGUGUAGCCAACAAAUACGGUCACUAUCCAAACACGAUAGCAGAAAAGCAUGGCUUUAAGGACCUCCGGCAAUUCAUUGAUGAAUACGUGGAAACUGCAGAUAUGCUGAAGAGUCACAUUAAGGAAGAGCUGAUGCAAGGCGAAGAGGAUGAGUCUGUUUAUGAGUCCAUGGCUCAUCUUUCUACUGAUCUGUUAAUGAAAUGUUCGUUAAAUCCAGGUUCUGAUGAAGAGCUUUAUGAAUCUAUGGCUGGAUUUGUCCCUGGUGCCCCAGAAGACCUUUAUGUAGAAAUGCUUCAGUCCAAGCCAGAUACUCCAAUUUCUGGAGAUGAAAUCUCUCUAACUGUGAAAGACUCGAUGCUCCGCAAGUUUUUAGAAGGUGGUAGCACGGAUGCACCAGAUUCUGGGGAAGGAGUUUCCCAGCAGUAUGGUGAAGACCUAUAUUACUCAGUGGAAAAAGAUACUUUUCCACAAGAGAUGGCUAGUAGACCUCCAGUUCCUGUUCCAAGACCAGAAUCCAGCUCUCCGCAGCCAGACAAUGAGUUGUACAUCUCCAAAGUUUUUGCACAGAAAGCUCAAAGACCUGAGAAUCUCUAUGUCCCUAGAGGAAAGGUGAGGAAAGAGACGAUAGUUAGGCCUGUUAGAGACCUGUCUCAAUCAAGUAUAUACGAUCCAUUUGCUGGAAUGAAAACCCCAGGUCAGCGGCAGCUGAUCACAUUACAAGAACAAGUGAAAAUGGGCAUACUCAACGUUGAUGAAGCUGUACUUCACUUUAAGGAGUGGCAGCUGAACCAGAAGAAGAGAUCAGAAUCAUUCCGUUUCCAGCAGGAAAACCUGAAACGGCUACGAGACAGCAUAACCAGGAGGCAAAUGGAGAAGCAAAAAUCAGGGAAAAGUGCAGAUCUGGAAAUUACAGUACCCAUACGACGUUCUCAUAAUACUUUGGGGAAACCAGAAUGUGGCAUAUAUGAAUAUGCCCCGAGGAAAAACAUAUUCCCACCAAAAAAGGAGCUAAAGCGAGGAGACUGGAAAACAGAAAGCACAUCCAGCACAACAAGCAGUGCAAGCAACCGCUCCAGCACUCGGAGCAUAUUGAGUGUCAGCAGCGGGAUGGAAGGAGACAGUGAGGACAAUGAAGUCUCAGAAGCAAGCAGAAGCCGCAGCCCUAUCCCCAGCCAAGCAGAGAGGCUGCCUCUCCCCCUGCCUGAAAGGCCUCCCAGAGUGCCCCCUCGAGGUGCAAGCAGGCCUGUGAACUGUGAAGGCUUUUAUCCUCCACCUGUGCCCCCCAGAGGUCGCUGAAUCUCACAAUGCCUGUGGAAUAUGAGAUUUUUCUAUAUAUAUGUGUGUGUGUUUGUACAGAUAUUUUUGGGUUGUCUUAAAUUAUUUAUAAGUGGGAGCUGAAUUUUUUUAUAUCUUCUUCCCUAAAGCUCUGGUAGCUCUGCCCAUGGUUUUCACUGAGAUUUUUUGGUCUACUGUAGCUUUUUUGUUUGGAAGAAUUUCGGUGCUUUGAGGGAGAAAUCAUGGUUGAAAAGGAGAAUGCUGAUACAUCUUGGCAGCCCUGCACCAACAUGGGGUUUCCGCUUGAUGAAGAAAGAAGUCAUCCUCUUAGAAAUUAAAUCCUGAUAAGCAUUGUCAACAAAAGUUUCAGUACGAUGUACAAGGGCUUCACUGGAAAACAGACUUGAAAAAGAAAAACAAAACAAAUUAAAUGCUUUGUUUGAAGAAUUCUCAUUACAGCA